AUGGACUUUCAAUUCAAGAGGGAAACGAGGUUCUCAUCUAGAUGCCUAGCAAAUGAGAUAGUCAGUAAAAUUGAAGAAGCUGCUGAGCCUCUUGGUUUUGAUGUUCGAAAGAAGAGCUACAAGAUGAGGCUAGAAAAUGUGAAAGCUGGAAGAAAAGGAAACCUUAAUAUUGUCACUGAGGUUUUCCAAGUUGCACCUUCUCUGCAUAUGGUUGAGGUUAGAAAGGCAAAGGGAGACACUCUCGAGUUCCACAAGUUCUAUAAAAAACUUUCGACGAGCCUCGAGGAGUUUGGAAAACUGAAGAUGACAUGCAGGAAUAAAAUUAGUUGUUUUACUUCUAUAACGAAGAAAAUAAGAGUCACUCUCUUCUGUGGACUGAUUAAAAAUGAUGUAAAGGUUCAGGUUCUUCAUUCUUUUGUGUAUUUUGUUGUCUUUCGUGGGAUUUUUCUCUCCCGUGGAAGAAUAUAAUUCAAAGGGAUUUUCCGAUUAUUUCUGGUGAUAAAUAUUGUAAUCCAUUUCGCAAUGUUAUAAUAAGAAAUUCCCACAAUUUGUUUAGGCAGAACUCGCUUCUUGAUAACAAGUUUUUUUCUGGUUUACAGUGGCUAGAGAAAAAUUAUUACUAGACAGUAUAAUUAUGAAAAAGUUUAUUUUCUUCAAUAUUGUUUAGUGCUCGACUGUGGUUGAGUUUAUCUGCAUGAGACAAAUUUCAAUUUAGAAACAAUGUGGUUGAA